GGAAGCAAACCCCCCUCCCCCCAGGGCCCUCCCACCCCUGGUGCCAAAGCAGGAAGGAGGUGGGGCCUCCGCUGAGACGGCCUGGGAGGUCGCUCACAGAUAACGGGCUGUCCUAAAGCAGGGCCUCUGGGAGGGAAAAGAAGGCAGGGCACCCAUGACCAAAGGCUGGGCUGGGACAAGCCUUGGGGGGCAAGGAGUCUGCCUCAGGACUCCCGGAAUCUGAAACACAAUGAAUCUACUAAAAGAAAAUAUAUUCAUACAACAGUUUGGCAACCAGCCCCGGGUCUCGGCGCCCUACUAUCCGAGGAAGACCUACUUGUGCUACCAAGUGAAGGGGCCCGAUGACUCCAUACUUGACAAAGGCUGCUUCCAAAACAAGAAAAAGCGACAUGCAGAAAUUCGUUUUAUUGACAAGAUCAAUUCCUUGAAUCUGGACCAGGACCAGUGCUACAGAAUCAUCUGCUAUGUCACCUGGAGCCCUUGCCACACCUGUGCUGAGGAGCUGGUUGAUUUCAUCAGCAAUCGGCACCACCUGAGCCUGCAGCUCUUUGCCUCCCGCCUGUACUUCCACUGGGUCAAGUGUUAUCAGAGGGGCCUGCGGCAUCUGCAGGCAAACCAGGUCUCCGUGGCUGUCAUGAAAGGCCCAGAGUUCAAAGACUGCUGGGAAAAGUUUGUGGACCACCAGGGGAGGAGCUUCCCAUCCUGGGAGAAGCUGGAGCAAUACAGCGAGAGCAUAAGCCGACGGCUCUCGAGGAUCCUGCGUGUGAGAUGCUGGCGUCUCCUGCCCCCCCCAACCCCUUCCCAGGUUCAGCCCUUCCUUCUGUCUGGCGCUCUUCUUCCUUGCUCUCUUGCCACUGCCCCCCAUUCCUUUCUUUUUUCUCACGAUACCCUCUUUUGAUUCUGUCUCCCAGGGGUUCCCAGUUCCUUCCUUCUCUCCGUUCGGAGGCGCUCAUUAGCUGGUGGAUCUUGACUCCGUUCUUUGUCUUGUCCCAGCACUUUCAGCAUCACUUCUCCUCCUCCUUUUGCUCCUUCACAGUUUCCCGCCAAUCAAAGCUUUCUCGUUUCUCUCUCCAACAGUUCGAGAAUCAGAAUAAUUUAGAGGAUUCCUUCAGAGAUUUGCGACUCGGUUCCCCAUCACCUUCAUCAUCAAGAAGUGACUCGAGAUGACAGACAGUUCCUGGGGUAUCUCAGCACUGACUCGUAGGAACCAGGAACAAGCUCCACGGGCAGCCUUGACCCUUGCCCAAGUCGAGGGACCUUUCUCUCCUCUUUCAUUUUGCUCUUUUCUAAGUGGGUAAAUAUUUUUAUAAUUGAAAAAAAUAACUUGAAUGCCUGUAAAACUUCCAUUCUUUCAUUGCUUUCUGAAAGGGGAAUCAGGUCUUUCCAACAUUAAAAAAAAAAAUGAGAAUAAAGAACUUUUAUAUUGUAGUACGAAGGGAAAUUUUGACUUUAAAGACUUUAAUACUAUUAAAUGUUAGACAUACCCUAAAGUGAUUGUUGCCGAAAUAGGUUAAAACUAACCAAAUCUGAGACAUUUUGAGCAUUCGAGUAAAUAGGGAUAAUAAUGGAUGAUCUUUAUUGAAUAAAAUAGGAAGCCACGAAUCCAUACUAAUGUAAAUAAGUACAUUGAACGCCUGGCAAGGAAUGGGAUUGUACAUAGUUUCAAGUUACAGGCAUGCCUGGCUUAAUUGGGCUUCAGCCUGCUUUGCAGAUACCGCGUUUUCUACAAACCGAAGUUUGCGGCAACCCCUGGCUUCGAGCAAGUCUAUUAGCAUCAUUUUUUCCAACAGUAUUUGCUCCCUUUGCGUCUCUGUGUCGCAUCUUGGUGAUUUUCUCAAUAUUUCAAUCGUUUUCAUUAUUAUUACAUUUGUUAUGGUAUCACCUGUGAUCAGUGAUCUUCCGUGUUACUAUUUUAGUUCGUUCUUUUGUAUUUUUUUUAAUGGAGGUAAAUACGUUUCUAAAGACAUGAUGCUAUUGCAAACUUAAUAGACUAUGGUAUAGCAGAAACAAAACUUUUCUAUGCACUGGGAAACCAAAACAUUUGUGUGACUUGCUUUAUUCCAGUAGUCACUUUAUUUUGAUAGCCUGGAACCAAACCAAUAUGUCCGGUACCUCGUCCAGAAAAUAGUUGUUAAUUUCAAGGCAAAAGAGUAACUUCAUAGUGGAGAAGCCGUGCAGACAACGUCUUAUUCAAAUAAUCAAACUGGACAACCUGAGCAGUAGUACCCCUGAUGGGUACCAUGACAACACGCCAUCGCUCUGUUGAUGUUCCUGCUGAAAAUGCAGGUUCUGAAUCUAAUCAUGAGUGAUGACACGAAACUUAUAUUUUGAGACAAGAAAAAUUAAACAUAAAAUUCUCUGUG